AUGCCGGGGGUUGGCCCACCUGUUGCAGCGACUCCCACUGAGGCCACCGCCACUACCACCUCCACAACGACAGUUGUGACCACCACAGUCCCUAUGGUGACCGUCUAUACACCACCUGCAUCCUGUUCCUCUCGUUGGACUUAUGAGGCCUCCACUUACAACGGUAUCACCAGCGGAAUUCUGCUGCAGAAUGCCUUUUCUGUCGAUACUGGCUGCUUUCCGCCCGGUUUCCAGCAGAAUGGUCGGAUUCUUGCCCGUCAGAUCUUCAGCCCUGGAGCAUGUCCCGACCGGUAUUCUACUCAGCAGUUUGUCGUCAGCAAUGCCAUCACCACUGCCACAUGCUGUUUAAAUGACUUUUCUCUAUACGCCGAUUCCGGAUACGUUGGAUGCGUCAGUACUUUCACCGGUGCCACCAAAGUGGCUGCAAGGGCAGGCGGGAUUAUAUUCAACACAAGCGACUACACCACCAGCACCAGCAUCUCCGGGACAUAUACCAUGUGGGGCAUGCCCAUCGUGAUUGAGAACGAAUCGACCGAUCGAAGCGUGUACACAACUGCUCCAUCGACAUCCGCAACAACCACCGCCUCCGCGACCGCAACGUCUUCUAUGAUCUCUACCUCUUCGUCUCAGAUCGCGACUCAGACUGCCGUCUCCUCCUCGUCCGGCGGGUUAUCAAGUGGUGCAAAGGCCGGCAUUGGCGUCGGAGUGGGCGUCGGCGUCGGCGCUCUGGCCAUCAUAGGAUUCCUGGGUUUCCUGCUGCGACGACGGAGAAAAGCCCCAGCCCCGUCUGGAUUUACACCGCAGCAUUUUCGUGAAGUUCAAGGACAACAAGUUUCCGAGCUUCAUGCAGACUCUCGCAGGUCUGGCUUUCCGAUAACCGAACUACCAUCCUGA